AUGGCCGACGAUUACAAACCUCCCGCUCUCCCGGCCCCCUUUACCAACACCCGCCCGGCGCCCGAACUGCUCACCCAAGGCGCCGAGGCCCAUCUCUACAAAACCGUCUCGCUCGACCCCUCCAUCCCAGCCGCCCUCAAGAUCCGCCCCUUCAAGCCCUACCGACACCCAAUUCUCGACCGUCGACUCACUCGGCAACGCAUUAUCCAGGAGGCACGCUGUCUCGCGAAAUUGGUCCGCGAAGGUGUCAGUGUUCCCGGCGUUCUCGCGCUCGAUUGGGAGGGGCAGGGCGGCGAUGAAGGCGGGUGGGGAGGAGCCUGGCUGAUGAUGGAGUGGAUUGAUGGCCCGGUGGUGCGCGUGGUGCUGGAGAAGUGGGAGGCGUGGAUGAAGAAGAAUGCCUCCUCGCUUGAUUCGGCCCAGCUGCAGCACGAAGAAGCUCGCGUCAAGGAUCUCUUGAGGCGCAUUGGGAAAACCCUUGGUGCGCUGCACAAGGCCGGCGUGGUACACGGCGACUUGACCACAAGUAACCUGAUGCUGCGCACUCCGCCGCAAGUGUCAGACUGCGGUCCCACUGGCGUGUCCAUGGAAGGCGAAAUCGUGCUCAUUGAUUUCGGGCUCGCGUCGCAGAGCAUGCAGGAUGAGGACCGGGCCGUCGAUCUGUACGUGUUGGAGCGGGCGAUUGGCAGUACACACCCACGGUCGGAGCCCUUGAUGGAGGAAAUGGUGCAUGGAUACCGAGAGAGUCAUCGGGGCGCUACUUCUACGCUCAAGAGGCUCGAAGAUGUGCGGAUGAGAGGCCGCAAGCGGAGCAUGAUUGGAUAG